UAUAUGCCUGAAUGCCCAGUUCCUCUAUUAGGAAGAGAUCUACUUUUUAAAUUAAGAGCCACCAUGUCCUUUAAUGAAAAUGGACAGUAUUUAACAGUGUCACAUCCAGUGGAAGAAACUUGGCGAUUAAUGUUAAUGCAAGAUUCAACUCAGGAAAGUUUAUGGAAAGAAUUUAAUGUUCCUACUCUGUGGGCAGAAGAUAACCCCCCUGGGCUAGCAAAAUUUGCCUCCCCAGUAGAAGUUAAACUGAAAUUAGGAUACAAGCCCAUCAGAGUACCUCAGUAUUAUGUUCCUCAAGAAGCGGCAGAAGCCAUUCAAGUUUUAAUUGACAAAUACUUAGCUGCUGGGAUACUCAGACAAACUCAAUCCCCAUGGAAUACAGCAAUUUUGCCCAUAAAAAAAACAGAUGGGGGCUGGAGACCGGCGCAAGAUUUAAGGUUAAUUAACGCCGCCGUGGUCACGCUACACGCGAUAGUGCCUAAUCCCUACGUUUUGCUGGGGACCAUCCCUCCUUCAGCCGCAUGGUUUUCCGUCAUAGACCUAAAAGACGCUUUCUUCACUAUACCCUUACAUCCUGAUAGCCAAGACUUGUUUGCCUUUGAAUGGAAAGACUCUAAAUUGCGUAGACAUUGCCAGUAUACCUGGACCAGAUUACCCCAAGGCUUUAAGAAUUCUCCUACCCUUUUUGGGCACGCCUUGGCUCAGGACUUGCAAUACUUCCAACCUGUUCAGGAAGGGGACUGUCUCCUUCAAUAUGUAGAUGAUGUGUUAGUAACAGGAACCACUCAGGAGAACUGUUUCAAAAAUACCCAAACCCUCCUUGAAUUACUGAAAGACUGUGGAUACAGAGCUUCAAGAAAAAAGGCUCAAUUAGUAAAGAAAGAGGUUACGUAUUUGGGAUACACGCUAUCUCAAGGUCAGAGAAAUUUAGGAUUACCUAGGAAACAGGCAAUCUUGCAGCUGCCCCCACUGAAAAAUCGAAAAGAACUGCGAGGCAUUUUGGGAGUCAUGGGCUUUUGUCGCUUGUGGAUUCCUAAUUUUGCCUUACUUGCCAAACCCCUGUAUGCUUCAACCCGGGGAGCAGAAACAGACCCGUUUGAAUGGGGCAAAGAACAAACAAAUGCAUUAAGUCAUUUAAAAGAAGCACUUACAUCCUCUCCAGCUUUAGGGUUGCCAGACCUUUCCAAAUCCUUUCGUCUUUAUGUGGAUGUCCGUCAGAAUGUGGCAAUAGGGGUAUUAACUCAACAGCAAGGAUCAUGGCAACGGCCAGUGGCUUACUUAUCCAAACAAUUGGACAGCCCGGCUCAAGGCUGGCCACACUGUCUUAAAAUUUUGGCCGCUGUGGCAGAACUUAUGAGAGACACAAACAAACUGACUUUUACCUCAGAAGUAGCAGUCUAUACAUCCCAUGCGUUGCAAACAAUCCUAGAAAACAAAGGACACUUGUGGAUAAGUAACCAGAGAUUGCAUAAAUAUCAGGCUCUGCUGUUAGAAAACCCCCAGAUAAGUCUUCACCAAUGUGCUACGAUCAAUCCAGCUACCCUUAUGCCAAUUCCUGAUGCAUCCCUUCCGCUGCAUAACUGUCUACAUGUGUUAGAUCAUCAGUAUUCCUGUAGACCAGAUUUGACUGACACCCCUCUUCCAAAUGCUCAGCUUACAUGGUUUACUGAUGGCUCAAGCUUUAUGGAGAAUGGAGCUCGUUAUGCAGGAUAUGCUAUAGUUAGCCAACACGCAGUUAUUGAAAGUGCCUCUCUUCCAGUGGGUACCAGUGCCCAAGCAGCUGAGUUGUGGGGACUCAUCCGAGCAUUAGAAUUAGCCACAGAAAAGACUAUUAAUGUGUACACGGACAGUAAAUAUGCCUUUUUGACUAUUCAAGCACAUGCAGCUAUUUACAAGGAAAGGGGCUUCACUGACUCUACAGGCAAACCAAUUCAACAUGCCCCUUUAAUUAAAAGACUGAUUUCUGCUGCACAACUUCCCAAAUCCUUAGCUGUCAUUCAUUGUCCGGGGCAUCAGAAAGCAGACACACUCGUUGCACAAGGCAAUCGAUUUGCUGAUAGAGAGGCCAAAUUGGCAGCACACCUGCCUCUGGAUAGGAAUGAUUAUUAUCUCUAUAUGGCACAAGAAGUUGAAUCCUACAUUGAAAGAUCUUAUCCCACCUAUACUCAGGUAGAGAAAGAGAAAGCUGAAGGAGAUUUGAAAGCCAGCUUGGUGAGGGGAUGGUAUACUCUUCCAGACAAUCGCUUAGUGGUACCAGUUUCGCUUGCCUGGCCUUUAGUAUCAGAGGCACACCAAACCUCACAUAGUGGCAAAACUGCUUUGGCCCAACAGUUGCAAGCAACAUUCUACAUACCCAACUUGCAGAGUCUGGUUGCCAAGGCAACUUCCCAAUGUCCUACGUGUGCACAAGUGAAUGCUAAGCAAGGACCGCGCUUACCACCAGGACAGCAGCCAAUCUCCUACUUACCCAUGGACUAUUUAAUGGUGGAUUUUACUGACAUGCCCAAAUGCCAUGGUUAUAAAGCGUUGCUCAUUUUCAUUGACACUUACUCUGGAUGGAUAGAGGCCUUCCCCACUCGAAAUAAGUUAGCUAUACAAGUAGCACGCUUUCUUUUAAAGGAAAUAAUCCCUAGAUUUGGAUGUCCAUCUACCAUCAGCUCUGACAAUGGCCCAGAAUUUGUGCAACGUAUAAAUCGCCACUUGGCUGAAGCUGCAGGCCUGAAAUGGAGUUAAGACCCUGGAAGGACGGUCCUGGAUCCACUGGACGAGACUGAAGCCCGCAGACCAAAGUGAUCCAGCCACAUACCAGGUGACAACAACUGACCGGCCCUUGGUGUUGAGGUUCAAGAA